CACUUUCAAAAAAAGAUGUGUAUGAAAUAUAUAGCAUACACAACAUUACCAUUGAAAUGUAUAGGAACUGUGGUAAAAGGGAAACUUGUCGAUUCAUACAUUGUCUGAGCAAACACUCUUGCAGUAAACAUUGCAGCACUGAUGUUUGCAGAGGUUAACAGAGUCCCAGUCCCAUUAUCCGCAAGUAAACUGUGUCACAAUUUUAGGCAGAUUAGCAGUAUAAGAAAGUUAAGUGAACUUUGUACAGGGAGAAAUCAAAGCGCUUCAGCUCAGUUGUCAGUUCACCCCCCUCCACCAGCAACCAAUCCCCUUCACCUGUGAAGGAGUUUAACCUGCUUGCUGGGUACUACAGACUUGUUCACUUCCUAGUGAGCUCCACAGCAAUAAGGGCCUGCAGUUAUUGUAUAUCAUGGGUCUCCCGGAGCCGGCAGGGCCAUUCCUGCUCUCUCUCACCGCUUUGCCAGUCUCCUAUGUGGUGAACUCCCUUUCUGUUGCAUCAGACCCCAUCUCUAUAGCUGGUAUUGGUGCAUUUGUCCUCCUUGCUUUGCUGGUUCUGUUAUUUCUCCUUCUCCAAGGAAGUCCUCCUAAGGAUCCUUUAUUCUAUGUUUUUGCUGUUUUCUCCUUCACAAGUGUCAUUGACCUGAUAAUAUGGCUGGAAGAAGAUGGUUAUAUCAGUGGGUUUAUGGAGUUUUAUAUGAAAGAGGGGGAGCCAUAUCUCCGUACUGCACAUGGACUCCUCAUCUGUCUGUGGGAUGGCACUGUGCAUUACCUACUGUACCUUUUUAUGUUGGCAGCCAUUGCCAGAGGGAAAAAUUACAGAGCAGUGGGUCUUUUCUGGCUAGGAUCUCUGUGCAUGAGUAUGCUGAUUUUCCUCCUUGGAAAUGUGAUUGGAAAGUAUGGGACUGAAAUACGACCUGCCUUCUUGCUUAAUGUCCCCUAUGUGGCACUACCUAUAUGGGCUGGGUUACGGAUAUUCCGUGGACACCAUUCUGUUCCCAAGAUGACACCAGAAAAGGUUGAGGCAGUGCACAGCCAGGGAAUCCUUCAGCGGCCCUUGGAUAUUGCUCUGAUUGUGUACCUACUCGGAGCUAUCAUUUUCACUCUCUUCAGGGGUAUGCUGGUCCUGGAUUGCCCUUCUGACUCUUGCUUUACAUACAUCUACCAGUAUGAGCCAUACUUGAAAGAUCCAGUAGCAUAUCCUAAGGUUCAGAUGCUGGUCUGUAUGUUCUACGUGCUUCCAUUUCUUUGUAUGUCUGUCUAUGCUUUGUUAAAUCCUGGAUGCUCAUGGAUGUUGGACUGGACUUUGAUAUAUGCUGGGGCAAUUGCACAAGCCCAGUUUGCCCACAUGGGAUCUUCUCUCUAUCACCGAACCCCCUACACAUAUCGCGUCCCUCAUGAUGCUUGGUGGAUGUUUGUGAUAUCGAACAGCCUGUACACUCUUGGCUUUCAGUUCCUUGCAUUCCGCUGUCUGAAGAACCCAGCCUUCUUCCUCAGGAAGUCAUAUCACUCUGCUGAGGAGGACAAAAAACUGAAUUAGGGUUAAAAGAAAGGCCGGUGAAGGGCUGUGCUGUUUAGAGGAUGGCGGAACUACCGGGCCCUGGCCAAAUCGCACCCCUUCAGGACUCCCCGGGAGCAAGUGAGCCAAUGAUUACUAGCAAAAAACGCGUAUGGAGGGGGCCCAGCUGAACGUCGCGCAACAGCCCGCCCACCUCUAGUUACAUUACUGUGGAUUUCACUUGUUUUUCCGUAAAAUUAGACCAGUGGCAUAUGAUGCUGUUUUAUAACAGUUCAACAGCGUGACCUUCAGCCAGUGUUUUCCCAUUGAUAUCGUGCUUUAGCACAAUUGCUCACUGGAACAACUAUUACCUGAAAACACAUCUGUUCAUGUGAACUAAACUUUGUGCUCUUUGUUUUUGUCUGUCGUCAGUGUUGGUUCAUUGUGAUCCCUGAGGAUAUACUGGACAUUCAACAACAAUUUGGGCAGCUGGAGUAAUAGUCCUAUUUCUUGUAUUUAUUAAAAAAAAGUACAUACAAAGACUUCAGCAUAUAGGUCCAAACAAAUAUUUUGGUAAAGCAUUUGUUGCCCUGGAAAUGUCUUCAAAAAAUCUGUCUUGGCAUACUUUUGUAAUGCAAAAAUAUAAAAUAGUUUUUUUUACCAUCUAAAAGUAAUAUUUAUGCUCUUAAUAAAAUGCCAUGUUUUUGUGAAUUGCAUUUCAUGUUUAUGUUCUUGCCAAACAAGUGAAUAGACAGACCUAUUUUCUUUGAACAUUUUUGAAAAGGUUUUUAUAUUAAAUAAAAAUAAACUUUAACCCCAUGUACUUUUUCCUCACUAUUAUAAUAACUGCAUAUUAAGACAUAAUAUAGGAGCAAUAAUGUCUCUCUAUUUCUGUCUGUAUGGGAUAUUGCAGCAGGUGGUUGCAUCAAACCAGAGGUACACUGAGUGCAUUGGACUGAAUGAGCACUCCAGGGCUAGGCCCCUGUCUCCUGACUACCUUGCAAGCCCAUGUGAAAGGCAUCUUUUUUUUGUUGUAAUAUCUGUUUUUAUAAUUUCAUUUCCAUGCUUAAUAUUAGGUCCAAGUUCUCAUUCAUUUAUAAGAUUUCAUGUCUGUCUUCACACAAUACAUCACCCCCCCCCUUUAAUUGGCU